AUGAGUAAACCUCAAUCUGCUGCUUGUGUUGGUUCUUCUCUUUUGUCUUUUUCUUCAUCUUCUGCUCCUUCCUUUACCCCUGAAGAGAUUGCUUCACUUAAAGCAGGAUUAGCAGCACUACGUCAACAAGGGGGCCCCCUCCCAUCUGCUGCUGCUGCAGCAGCAGCAGCAGCAGCAGAGCCCGAAUCCGCAGCAGCAGCAACAGCAGCAGCAGCAACAGCAACAGCAGAGGAUAGGGACUUGGGGGGCUUAUUAUAUAGAGCAGAAGCUGAGGAGACACCUGACUCCAGAUUUACAAGCCAGCAGCAAACUUAUUCGCAGCAGUAUUCUUCUUUAUACUUCUCUCGGCUGCAGCAGCUGAGGCCUCAUCUACAGCAAACUGCACAAUGCUGCUGGGGGCCCCUUCCUAUUCAUAACGCUAUCAAGGAUGCAAACAGAGGGGAGGAAUGCGUUGUGACCCCAUCUCAGACAAUGGAGGGUAAAGAACCAAAACUUUUCUUAGAAGAUACAACCGCGCGUAUGACGCUUGUACCUGCAGCAGCAGCAGCAGCAGCAACAUCAGCAGCAGCAGCAGCAGCAACAGCAGCAGCAGCAACAGAGACAGCAGCAUUUUGCUCUUCUGCUUCGAAGGAGCUUCAGAUAUGCGGGGCGUUAGACAUCAAUAGAUGCGUCACUGGAAUGGUAAAACCCUAA